AUGGCUCAGCGAGAGCCGUAUCAAGGACCUGGCCCAGGUGCUGCGAGGAGUGUCUCCAAAGCAGCUGGAAGACAUGCAACGCCACCUGCCGCAGUUGGCGCAGGCCCUGGAUUACCACAGCACCUGCUUCCACGUGCUGCUGCUUGCUGCCCUGGCCGCCCGCCGCGGCAGAUAGAUCGGCCGCAGGUGAACCAAAGUUCAGUCCGGGUUCAGUCACGGCGCAUUCGUCCCCGCCUCAUGGGCGCCGUUUCGGCCUACUGUCGUGACAAUGCGCUCAUCGCUGCAGCUUGCAGUGUGGAGGCCAAAGCAGUGGACAGCAAUGCCCCCGGUCCGCGGGUGAACCGCGCCAAAGCGCACGGCGUCUCGCCGGAUCCGGAGAACUUCCUGGGUCAGCACGUCAGGAACUUCCAGCACACCUUGCACCAAGGUGGCAGCCCCGCAGCCAGCCCGCGGUUGCCAUGGAACCGCGAGAUUGAGGCACCGGCUGAGCCAGGCCCCGCGGCGGAGCUUUUGACCGCCGCGCGGCUCUGUGACGGUCCCGCGCUCGCGGCGGCGCUGUUGGCGCGGGCAGAUGUGAACUGCAGGACUUUGCGGGGCAACACUCCGCUGAUGCUGGCAGCCUCUGCACAGAAGCAUUCUGUUGACAUGGUGCGUGAGCUGUUGGAGGCAGGAGCGGAGAUGGAGAGCGUGGACGAGAAGGGCUGCACCGCUUUGAUGCAUGGCUGCGGCAACGGGAACACGGCGGCGGUGGAUUUGCUGCUGGACCGGAAGGCUUCGUUGCAAGGAAGGGACCGCGAUGGUAAGACUUGCCUCAUGCUGGCCUUCGUCGGCACCGAGGAUAUUGCUCUCAUCAGGCACUUGGUGCAUCGUGGGGCUUCUAUCGAUGACAAGGACAUGGCUGGUUGGUCGCUACUGUUUUAUGCCUGCGAGCACCAGAACUUGCGCCUGAUCAGGUGGCUGUGGAGCAAAUUCCACGUGGACCUUGAGGAUGCCGCUUUGGAUGGCCUCACCCCUGCGGAGAUGCUGCGGCGCCAGGGGUUUGGGCAGCCCCACCGGUGGCUGGGGCCUUUGAAGCGCCCGGAGAUGGAUUACCUGCUGAUCGACCUGGGCCUGAAGCGGGAGGAUGGCAGCCUCUCACCCCGCUGGGAGCAGGAGGGCCUGCGCGCGUCGCUGGAAGGUCUGCCAGGGCUGGGAAGCCGCAGGUCCUCCAAGGAGCAGGGGUCCAGGAGAUCCAGCAAAGGUCUGGCGGAGCCGCGAGAGCGGAAGGGCUCCAAG